AUGUCUGAUCUAAAUCAUGCAUUGACCGCCGAACCAACGACAGGGAUUGGUGGUGUUGACAGUGGUAACCGAAUAGGUGCCGGUGGGGUUGUUUCCACAGCUGGUGAUCGUGGCACGGGAUUGAUUCAUGAUGAUUCCAAAGUGGUACCAGGGACAGCGAUGCCUCCGAGGUUUGCGGUUGAUGACAGCGGCCGGGGAGCACUCGGUAUUCCCGCAGCUGCCACCCCAGGGGAUUCGUUGGCACUUGGAUUGGACCUCUCUUUGGUUCCUGAAAGUUUGGGGAAAACCUCCAUUACGAAUGGGAAUGAGGCGAAUCGCAACACGGCAAUGGCGAACUCUGGUGGCAGUAGCACAAUUCCAACGCCGAUAGCGAUGAGCAACGGCGCUACUGUGUCUGUCGAGGGCAGUAAUGCCGGAACCAACAAGGCAUCGACGAUGUCGGGACUGCGAUCUUCGAUGCACUCUAGUCAUUCAUCGCCGAUCAUGAGCUCAGAUAUGAGUGCGAAUACAUUGAGGAUGUUUCAAAGGAUGGAUGAAAUCAGUGCAAGACUGAUAGCCAUGGAGGAGGUGUUUCAAAAGUUGUGCAAAAGCGUCGAUGAACAAAAUGCAACGAUAAAAGAUUUGAAGCACGAAAAUGCGCAAAUGUCAAAAGAGCUGUCGGGUCAAAUUAGUGCUCUUUCUAUGCAGCAGGAGCAGAAAAACGAAACUGGUCUUCAGGAUACGUUUGUCACUGAUCUGCUCAAUUCCAUUACCAAUGUCAGUAGCGCAUAUUUGAGAAGAAUGAGGCCCCCGAAUAGGAAUAAGAUUUCUCAAUCGAGCGUCAGACCCGUGUCGUCAAUGAACGAUGUGAGCACGCUCAAUCACAACCUGAACGGAGUUGAGUUUGCGGAGAGCAAUGGCCUACAUGGAGAUGCAAGCCAGUUCCGUAAUUUCAAUGAUAGGCAGACCGGGCAUGCAACAUUCACUUUAAAUCCGAAUGGAAUCAAGAGAAGGAAAAAGAAUACCGCUUCGGGUGAAAACCUGAUGAGUUCAGGCUUGAAUAGCUCAAAUGUAGCGAGUGGCAUGCAAUCCUACAAGGAUUUGACAUCGUUGAACGCUUUCGGCACGAUAAGCUUACCGAACUUGACAUUAGAUCAUACCGGCAUGACACCGCUUUUGAAAGGUGGUAACAAUCCUCUUUCAUCCACUCGACUGCAAGAUCAGCUACACAAUCCAAGUCAAGGACAACCAGGUGGGAUACCGUUGCAGGCCAACCAUAUAACUGACCCUCUCAAGGGCCAGCCAACGAUCGACGAUGGAGAGAACAGAAGAACACAAGAUGAAGAUGAUGACGGAUACCAGGAGGACGAUGACGACGACAACGAUUCGGACGGCAGCGAUGACGACGAGGGCGACGAAGGCGACGAGGAGGAUGAGGAUGACGUAGCCGACGCUGGACGAACAGAUGCGCGUAGACAGGGCGCUUCCACUCAACCCAAUUACGAGACUGCGACAGUCCUGACUGACAAUAAGGGCCACCAUUGGGACAGCACGGCAUUCUCAAACAAACACUUGUCCAGUAAGAAUGAAAGAGUUCCCGCCAAGGACGGAGAAAGCGAUUUAUCAUGCCGUGGCAACAAGCCAAGAAAAGACGACUCAAAACGGAAUGAUGCCUCGGACGUCCAUGAUGAAGAUUACACCCUCUUGAAGGCUCCUAGCAACGUGCAAACCAUUUGGGAGGAGUAUACGGUCGGCAUAGGUGGAAACCCACCAAUAAAAAAACUCGAAGAGCAGUUCGGCAACAAGUGGAGAUUAAAUCGGAACCGAAAGACGUUUGCUAGACGGAAAAGAUUGUACAAAUUCAUCCUCAACGGCAUAAGCAAGGGCAAGACAGCUGAAGAGAUGAUAAAAAUUUUGGAAGAAAGAAGGUUGUACAAAGAUGAGAACGGCGAAGUGAAGCGUAGAACGAUUGGCUGGCUGCAGCAAAGCCUUACUGGCAUCUGA